GUAAAAUUGACCGUUUGUUUUCCCUCGAGCUUAGGAUAUCGUAUUCUAGAAACCAGUCAACCCAUCUCAGGGUUAACCUUGCCCAACAGUCAGUGCCAAACUCACAAAAUGCAACCUUUCCGUUUUCCCAGACCUCUUCAACCCUUUUCUUCAAAAUCCCAACACAUCACUCGUUUCUUCUCAGUCCCUCUAUUAUUUUUCCACUCUCCCCCAAUUCCCUACACAUCCCAUCUCAUCCACACCACCACCACCACCCCCACCCAAAAAAUGUCCUACUCCUCGGACGAAGACCAACCCGAUCCCGAGCUCCUCGAGCUCCUGCGUCAACACCUCAACGGCAAACAAGCCUCCCACACCGCCGCCGAGACAGGCGUUUUGGAGUCUGCCGAGUUCGUCUACAACCACGCCAUCGACGUGGCCCUGGACAUGCGCGGGUGCAAAAAGGCCGCCAACACCAUCUGGGACCAGAUGCAGCAGCGGGAGUACUCGCCCGCCACUUGGUCGACGCACGAGCUCCACCCCAAGGACAAAAACGAGGAGACGGUCCAGUUCAUCUUUACCAUGGAUCUGCUCAACUUUUCGUUUUGGAGCGAGAAGAGCGAGGAAGACCGGUUCCAGGUGGAGUAUAGAGGACAGAGGUGGACGGGGUACUGGAGUUUGGUGGCGGCGUUGCAGAGGGGGUUAGAGGAAGGAAUCCCCAUCACCGAUCCCGCAUUCUGGAUCAAUGACGAAAAAUUCACCCCAGACGUCCUCCGCACCGUCUUCCGGUCCGCCACAGACGAGGAGAUCCCCCUCCUACAAGAACGAUUCGACUGUCUCCGUGAAGCCGGCCAAGUCCUCCACGAGAAAUACGAUGGGUCUGUCCUGGACCUCAUCGAAGAAGCGAACGGCUCAGCCGCAGCCCUCGUCAACCUCCUCGCUUCCGAUUUCCCUUGCUUCGCUGACAUCCACCCCUACCCCGGCCGGCGCCAACCCAUCCGUAUCCUUAAGCGCGCACAAAUCUUUGUCGCUGACCUGUGGGCCUGUUUCGAAGGCCAAUCUUAUGGAUCCUUUGCGGACAUUGACAAAAUCACCAUGUUUGCCGACUACCGCGUUCCGCAAAUGCUGUGGCAGCUCGGCUGCCUCUUGUACGGUCCUACGCUGGAGGCGGCGGUGCGCGAGAAGAAGAUGAUUGAGCAUGGUGGCGAGUGGGAGAUGCAGUUGAGGGCCUGCAGUAUCUGGUGCGUGGAGCUGAUUAGACGGGAGAUCAUCAGGGAGCAUCCGGAGGCGAAAGGAAAAGUGAAUGCGGUCUUGAUUGAUUUCUUUUUGUAUGAUGCUGUCAAGGAGUUGGAGAAGGAGGGCGGGGAGAGGAUUCCGCAUCAUAGGACGAGGAGUAUUUGGUAUUAGAUGAAGGAUGGGGUAGGACUAGACUGGAUAUAGUACGGCAGGAAGGGGAUAGCAUGUACCUAGGGAACACACAGAGAACAAUCAAGGACGGGAAUCCGAGGGGGAAAACUCAAAUCGCGAAGAGAAAGAAAAGAUAGAUCAGACA